AUAGCAGCAGCAGCAGCAGCAUCAGCGUCAUCGAAAUAAGCGAAGUCCUCCUUUUAUUUCCGAAAUUUUCGUUUUUCAAUUUUUCAUCACCAAAUCGUCAGCAGCCCCCCAUUAGCCUUCUAUUUUCUCAAAUCAAAUUUGGUUUCCCAAUUCUCUUUUUACCUUAAAGUCCUCACCUUUUGUUUUUGUUCUGCUUAACUCAGUAAGCCGCCAUGGCUACGACGACUCAGUCCCCUUCUCCUCCCAAUUCCAACGAUGAUAAGCCCCAACCAAGCUCAGCAGAGGUGGUAGAACAAGCUAAUGGGGUUCAACAAGAUGUUAGGCCAGAAGCUACUAAACAGAAUGUUCCAGCAUCUGUGUUUGUGAACUCUGAACCAAUAAGAGAAGACCAAGUUUCCAAUGCUGUUAAAUUCCUUUCACAUCCCAAAGUUAGGGGUUCACCUGUUAUUUAUAGAAGAUCCUUUCUUGAAAGGAAAGGCCUUACAAAGGAGGAGAUUGAUGAAGCUUUUCGGCGUGUGCCUGAUCCACCUCCUAGUUCACAGCCAGCUAGUUCGAAUCAAGAUGGACAAGUCAUUACUUCAUCGAAUGUUCAAAGUCAGGCCGCAGUUCCAGCACCCCAGCCUGUGGUGGCUGCUCCUACAGGUAUGGUACCUGCAAGGACGGUUGCACGGUGGCAAUUUCAUUGGUACCAUGCUGUUUUUGGUUUAGGGUUUUUGGCAGCUUCUGGUGCUGGCUCAGCUUUAUUAAUCAAGAAUGUUAUUGUCCCAAGGUUGAAAUCUUGGAUACGUAAAGUUGUAUUGGAAGAAGAAAAUGACCAUGCCAAGAAACUUGAUGCAAAGCCAAGUUUGGCAGAAGAGGCAGCAGCCGCAGCAAAAGCAGCUGCAGCUGCGGCUGCUGAUGUUGCAAAAGCAAGCCAGGAAAUGUUGAACUCCAAAAAUGAAGAGAGAAGACGCUUUGAAGAAUUUAUGAAUCUUAUGGAUGCGCAAGUACAAGAAAUGAAGUUGAUGAGUAAUUCCAUAAGGAAAUUGGAAGGACAAGCUAAUAGCCCCAGCAGGACAUUUUCUGAUCACGAAGAUCAUAGAGUGUCAGCCUCGAGUACAAAGCAAACCUAUCCAAAUGGCAAGGUGGAUAUUGAUGUGUUGUCAGCGAGAUCAUCCUCACCGCCUGUAUCUGCCGAACCACCUCACCCAAAGUCAUAUAUGGAGAUUAUGGCAAUGAUCCAAAGAGGGGAGAAACCUUCAAAUAUCAGAGAAGUUAAUGAUAUGCCUCCCAACCCGAACCAACAAAUAUCAAAUCCUCGCAUAACACCAAGAUCUAAGCCAUGGGAGGCCCAAAACGGAUCCAGCCAGGUACUCCAGUCUCAGAGAAGUGCUGAAGGCUUGAAUCGACAAGAUAAUGGAUUAAACUAUCUGGUGGAUGAUGAGAGCUCAACCCCUUGGUGGCAACGCAAAAAUGUUAGAAUCACCGAGAUUGAAAACGAAAACGAAAACGAAGUUAAGGCUGCUGCCGGACCUUACGGUGUAAGAACCGAACAACCUGUUCAACGUACAUGGGUUCCACCCCAGCCACCACCUGUGGCAAUACCAGAAGCAGCUGAAGCCAUUAGAAGGCCAAAACCAUUAGCUUCAAAAGAACAAUCGGCUGAUGAACAAUCAAUGGUUCACCCCGCAGAGCCAAUUGAUGAGUUACAGAGGAUCACAAAAAUAUCGGAGUCAGGAGGUUCAGUGGAGAUGAAUGUAGGUUUUCCGAGUGGAACCUCCAGUGAUGUACAAGAACAAGAAGUUAGCUAUGAAGGGAAUUGAAACUGGACUCCGUAUCCAGGGUAAGCUCGAUGUAAAGUCUAUCGAUGUGCCAUAAUAUUGAGCGUCCCUGUAGUAUAUGCAGAACUUUCUCAUCGUGAUACGUUCUUUAUGUACACCCAAUAAUGAUAAUAAGGGUGGAACUUUGUAAAUGGGGUUGGUUUAUGUUUAUUUGAAGCUAGAAUGCUGGCUUGCACUAAACGACCAAUACCUCUAUAAGAUAAAUCAAGAGGCCAAGUCUUGUUUAUCUCUACUAAAUUGCACCAGUUUAUAAAUCCGACAGCCUUAGCACUUGAA